UUAUUCUUUUUUGAGGCUGAAAAUGGCAGACACUGACAACUCUUCUUCAAUAGACUGUACCAAUAUUCCCUGGCCGUUCAUAAAUACCUCCAACACGUCACGUCUCAGCGAGAUAUUCCAACAAUGCCUUGAAUCAAAUGAAGAUUGUUACGACCCGUCUCUCUGUUCACAUGACUCGUCCAUGGCAGCAGACGGCAAGAUACUGGGACUAGCCUUUGGACUAACGAUAGGAGCUGGUCUAGCUACCACGUUGGGAGCCCUCAUCCCUUUCCUGCCGUUCGUGAGACGGAAAAACACCACCAUACUAUCCAUUUGUCUAGCACUGGCUGGGGGUGUCAUGCUUUUUGUUUCCUUUACCGAAAUACUCCGUAAAUCGAGAGACUACCUCUGCUGUGUGACAGAGCAGCACGCAGACCUUGUCAGUUAUUCCUGUUUCUUUUUUGGCAUAUUAAUCACUUGCGUUCUUGACCUCAUUGUCUAUGCUCUUGAAAAGAUCGACUGUGGAUUCCCAUUUUGUAAGAGAGAUGAUAACAGCAGGAAGGCUGUUUCUUGUCCGCCGUGUCCCUGCAUUUUCUUUAGGGAGGGAAGACGGAGAGAGUCACAGUCCAGUGGUAAUCACGGCGACGUUCCUCUUGAGGAACAUCCCUCGCCUCAAGCAAAUGGUGGUCCUCAUUAUCAAGGAGGAGGAGGAGGAGCCAGUGAUGGUGAACAAAAUGGUCAAUUGAAUACUGAUUCCCCAGUUCUACUGAAUCACAACGACCUCUCUAUCCCUGACAAUGAUGUCGUCAUGCAGACUGAGAGGAUGUCCAUAUCAGCAGGUUCAAACACAGUCUCUACCACUACUAAUAAUUUAGGUGAUGCGUCUAUCCAGGACCUGCUCUCCAAUACCAGCAUACAUCGUAUGCACACUGUAGCAGAGUCAGCCUCUACUAACAUGGAGGCGGUCAGCAUAUCCAUCAAUAAUGAGAAUUAUGAUGGAUUUUCACUCAACCCUUCUCUACGUACUCAGUCACUGCCCAAUGGAGACGUUCAUUCGAGAAUCUCGGCUCCUUCGAUGCAGAGGAGAACCUCUUAUGAAGAAAUGGUGGAGCAGCAAGAGAUACAAGGUAUUGACGGAAUGGAUCAGUUCAGAGAGGUAACAAAUCAACUGACUGAUGUAGAGAAGUUAAGGAGAAUGGGAUUAUUAACUGGUCUAGCAAUUGCAUUGCAUAACUUCCCCGAGGGACUGGCUACGUUUGUGGCUACACUCUCUGAUCCUUCUUUUGGAGGUGCACUGGCUAUUGCUAUUGCUCUUCACAACAUACCUGAAGGUAUAUGUGUUGCAAUGCCUGUUUAUUAUGCCACUGGUAGUAAACUAAAGGCUUUCUUUUGGUCAUUUCUCUCUGGAAUAUCAGAGCCAUUAGGUGCUCUAUUGGGUUGGGCUGUAUUACAGCAAAUAUUUGGGCCACUGGUGUAUGGGAUUGCAUUUGGUAUUAUAGCAGGAAUGAUGGUUUAUAUAUCACUCAAAGAAAUCAUACCCACAGCUCACAAGUUUGACAAGACCAAUGGCGUAUUAGUAGCAGUUUUCCUUGUAAUUGGAAUGAUAGUGAUGGCGUUGAGUUUAGUAUUACUGGCUUACUGAGAUUAAUUAUGAACAAAUGCUCUUAUUUAUUUAUCAACAAUACCACUCAGGCUGUUACAGUACAUGUAUACAUUUCUGAUGCUGUUUGACUUUC